GUUUCAAGUAUUUCUUUUUCUUUUUCAAAAAUAUUGGCCCAGCAAGUUUUCAUGUAACAUCUAACUAAAAACAUAUUUAAAACCAUAAAAAGCAACAUCGUUUUACCUUUUUUGCUUACAACAAAUUCCAUUUUAAGAACAGUAUUAAGUGUUGUUAGUUUGGUGACAAACAGAACAGAUACUGAAUCGAAAUAUAAAAAUUUAACAUUUGUCAGAUAAUUAUUGCGUGCGAAUUAUCAAUAAACUAUGUAUAAUACAACGUAUGCUUCCUUCCGUUAACGAAGAUUAUCGGUGUACACGUUACAAAUGGCGUUUUAACCACUGCAAAUGUUCAAUAUGGCUUAAACAUUAAAACCAAUGGUUUCCAAAAUUAUUUUGGCGGAAACAGGUAACUAACUUCCCUACGCACAACCGUUGUCAUCGCGCUAAACCCGUAAACAUUGUGGGGCACGUGCGUGUCGAAACUUAUCCCGUGAUUCCCAUCGAUUAUCGGCUGGCCUCCAUCGGGCAGUGGUCUUCGAACCGGGCGAGCAGAGCGACCAGUGUCCGGGCGCAUAGCGAUAUUUGAAAAAAAAAAAAAAAAAAACUAACAAUAAUCAAACGAGCGGUUGGAAGGUUUCGAGACCGCGGGACUACUACUGCGUCUGCUGGUCCCGUCUUCCGUCGUCGUGUCACGAUUUUAGCCGGAUGUCUCGUCACCGGCCGUCCGUCUCCGACCAACAGCUGUUAUGGACGCGACCGCGGCCACCGGUGUUCGGCGACCGCACGCUCUGGUUCCGGUGCGCAAUGACCGCCGUGGCGAUCGGCUACACGGCCGGUUACUACGCGUCCACCGGCGGGCCGCAGUGGGUGCCGGACACGGACUACCUACACUGGUCCACCGACGUUCCGGCCGUGACCGUGUGCCCGGCGGCUCGUCCGCGUUCGCACAGCACACUGAAUACCUCUGGGAUAGAAAAUACUUUAAGUGAACACUUAAUAAAACUGACCAACGAUUGGAGAAAAAAGGGUACUUCUGUAUUGUGUAAAAACAUCUUUAAAAGUUGUUCGUGGAACGGAAAAGACUUAAAUUGUUGCAGACAUUUUCAGCCACAUUUUUUUGUUAUUGAAAACCCAUGUUUUUCAAUUAAUUCUCUACAAACAGUAAACAAGAUGAAAAGAUUAAUCGUCAGUCACUUUUCGAAAAAAGGAGAACUGAGAAUUGAAUUCAACAAACCAGUUAAGAUAUUGUUGCACGGUGCCGGAGACGUGGGUUUCGGCGGACUCGGCGAGCAGUACACGGCGGUGGACUUAGGCGAAGAGUACGAGCUGCUGUACACCGCUCGGCAGGUGGUCGAGCACAUUUCGCUGGCGUCCCUGGACCCGUCGACGCGUGGGUGCGUGGUCCGUGGCGAGCGUCGGCUACUCGUGCACCGCGUAUACAGCGAGACGGCCUGCCUGCUGGAAUGCGCCGUGCGCGACCCUGUCACGUACGCAAAGAAUACCACAUUGUGCGAUUGUCCUCCGACGUGUGCAGGAAUGGAAAUAAACAAUGUAUGGAACAGUACCCGAAGAUCCGACGAAAAUAUCACCAGGAGUAUUCUCACCAUGACAAAACCAGCAACGGAACGAUUAAUUAUGAAAGCCAGAAAGGACUACAUUGAAUUAACAGUAGUAUUUUCCUGCCUAUUACAAUUGUUUGCUGGAUUCAACUUGUUGGACAUUCCCAAAUUCAUAUCAAACAAGUGUAAUCAGUAUUCUAUAAAACUUAAAAAUUAG